UAUUUCUCUCUCUCUCUCACUCUAUCUCUCUCUCUCACUCUCUCUCUCUCUCUCUCUGCCCUCCACCGCACACAUGAAAUAUGUAUGCAUGUGGACGCCCUACUCUGCAGACAGUGCAGAGGCAUGUCGGAUUGUUUGGAGUGCACACACACACAGGUGCACAAUCAAAAACAUGCACAGACAAGCAUCUCUUCAGACAGAGGGGUGCACAGCAAAGCCGUAGCCAUGGAGUAAACAUUGGGGGGGACGAAAUCUGCUGGGGAGAUUUCCUUUCCUUCUGUUUUUUCCGUUUAGUCAUUACAUUUUUGAACAGUGUGCGUGGUUGCCUGUCGUAGCAUAGCACAUUUAUAUUUAAUUUCUAUUUUCAUAACAAUAUAUUGGGGGGGACAUGUUGACCAGAUUUGAGGUGGGGGGAUGUGUCCUAUAUUAUGAUUACGGCCCUGCCUAGCUAUAAGUAGUUAAGCUACUUUUAAUGUGCAAGUUUGAUAAACCUUACCGUCGCGAUUGUCGAUGUAGCUCGAAACGUAGGCUACAAUUUGAACCCCUUCUCCCUCUGGCUUGAACGACACCAAGCUUUAGGAUGUUAGGAUGACAUAGGAUUGUAUCCUAUGUACAUCGUUACAUCAUUUUGGGAAGACCACCGAAACUCCUUGUAAAAAAACAGCAUUUUGUGCGAGAGAACUGACGUAACCAAUAGCUACCAGAAGUGAGACAUAGGACACUUUGGUCCAAAACGGAACAUUCCCUUCAAAAAUAACUGGCGCACACACCCGCUCCCUCCUCCUCCUGGGGUCUCCACUCUGCACAUCAACAAUAUGAGAAGAAGAACAAGAGGAACAGGAGGGAAGGAUUAUGAGAAGACUGACAGGAGGAACAGAAUGUGAUCAGACAGCAUAGAUUCCUGCUGAUUCAGGUGUUUGGGUUCUCACAGGUGUGACCAACCUGGGUGCAUAUAAAACAGGGACUGAACACGGAGGGUGACAACACUCUGCUACCCUUCAGGAUGAAGAUAUAUACUGUGGUUCUGCUGCUCUGUCUGUCUGUGACACGGGCCCAGGGAGACGGCACCGGGGGCCCAGAGAACGACACCAAGAACAGUCUGGGUGAACCACAAACAGGAGGCAGCGUGAGCGAUGGUGCCAUUCUAUUCAUCCUGACUGAACUGAGGGCUCUGAGAGACAUGGUGGUGGCUCAGAAGGUGGAGCUGUCGGUCACCCAGAGACACGUGGAAGCCCUGGAAGCCAGACUAAGUCUAAGUGAACACCACGUGGAAGAACUGACGGCAGAGAAUGAGGCCCAGGCUGCAGAUCUUGUCACCCUGAAGGCCAGGCUGGCGGCCAGUGAAGGAGAGGUCAAAGAUCUACACACAGAGAACUCGGCUCUGGAAGCCAGACUUAGUAUCGGUGAACGCCACGUGGAAGAACUGAAGGCAUUAGACGAAGCCCUGGAAGCCAGACUAAGUCUCAGUGAACAACACGUGGAAGAACUGAAGGCAGAGAAUGAGGGCAGACCAAAGGUGGCAUUCUACACGGCUCUAACUAAUUCACGAUCUUUUGGGCCCUUCAACACUGAAACACCACUGGUCUAUAGCAAAGUCGUCACCAACAUAGGCAACGCCUACAGCCUAGUAACAGGUGUGUUCACAGCACCAGUGAGAGGAGUGUACUACAUCAGGUUUACUGCUGCAGACAUCCGUGGAUCUAGCUACACAGGAGUUACCAUGUACAAGAACAACAUCAGGAUCAUGCACAACAGUACCUACAAUAGCGAGGGUAAUUGGAAAUAUAUGGCAAAUGCUGUCACUCUGCAGCUGGAGCAGGGAGAUAUGAUUAGGAUGAGUCUUCCAUCAGGCUUUGGCGUGUAUGAUGAUUCUAAUAAUUAUAACACCUUCAGUGGUUUCCUUCUCUUCCCCAUGUAAAACAGUCUGCCCAGGCUCAUGACCCAGAGCUUAAUAAAGCUGACAUUCCUCUAAAGCUGACCCCUGUAUUAGUUGGUGGUGAGAUGAUAUGGUGAUAAAUGUGUGGGCUGUCAGCAUUGUUGACAUGUUUAUCUGGACCAAAGACAAAGAUUUAUAAAUGAUGUCUGAUAACCACAAUAUUGUUAAGGUUAUGCAACGUGUCAGUUAACACCACAAUAAUUGCAUUAACAAUAACAAUAAGCUAGUAAUAAUAAAGCAAUUGAAAUGGGCGAAUAGGCCAGGUUUAGAACUUCCGGUUAAUUUAAAAACAUGACUUUUGAUAACCACAACAGGUUAUGAUAACUCUUAGCUAUUGCUCUCUUAGCCCUACAUUCAGAUUGUACGGCUUGUCGCUUUUCUUUUUUUUCUUUCAUCGACCAAUAACAGGUCUCCCUCAAAGAGAUCUCUUCCAUUUCCAGAUUUUUGUUAAAGACAUGUUACAUUACAUUAACCAUAGCGAACAAAUAUGACAGACCAAUUAUUGACUAGCAAGCAAGCUGGCAAUCAGAU